CCUCCCUCCCGGCUCUCUGAAAUCUUGGGACAAUCUGCAUGCACUAAACUCCAGUGCAGAUCUGUUUCAGCAGGGUAGAGUAAAGAGCACAGACAGACAGACAGUGACAAAAAAAAUCAAGGCUCAAAUGAAGGGAGAAAAGUUCAGAUAGACAACAAAAGCAGGCCAAGUGAGAAAGCCACGGGUGACAGAAACUUUCAAAGGCAGGGAGAUAAAAGUGUGGAGAAAGUCAGGGUGAGAGACAAGUGGAGAGUGGAGAGAUAUAUUCAGUUCUAAAAAAGAAUGGGCUUCCUGGUGAGCAGUGCUGCUGCUAUUCUCUUAACUUCCUUGCUGGCUUUGCCCGUCGGAGUUUCCUCAGUCCUCAGCCAGGAUCUGAGAGAGAGGGAUGCACUUUGCGAUGCAGAUGGCUGCUUUGUGGUCUACUUCCAACGUAAGACCUUCCUGGACUCAUGGAGGGCCUGCAAGGAGAAAGGUGGCAACCUAGCUACCAUCAAACGCAAGGAGGAUGCCACCACUAUUGCCAGUCUCUUCUCCACUCUCGACUUGCGCCACUCGCGCACCAAGGUCCGGGUAUGGAUUGGCCUGCAGCGCCAGCCUCGCCAGUGUACGGCCACACGUCCAUUGCGGGGGUUUUCUUGGACUACUGGUGACCAGGACACAGAGUAUACCAACUGGCAGAAAGAGGACUCCUCUAAUAUGUGCUCAGUGCCACGCUGUGUGGUUAUGGGAUACAGCACACAAGAGCAGAAUGAUAACUUCAAAUGGUUGGAUGGUUCCUGCUCAGUCUCUGUAGAUGGGUAUCUUUGCCAUUACACCUACAAAGGAAUGUGUCCUGCUUUGUGGAGUGAAGAGGCAGGCAAUGCCCUCUACACCACACCUUUUAACCUUCUAAGCAGAGUACUUACCCAUGUACCCUUUGGAUCUGUUGCUACUGUGCCCUGCCCCACAGGCACCAAGGAGGAACAAUCAGUUUUGUGUAUGCAGAAAGAAGAUGGCUCAGUGGGGUGGUCAAGAGAUUCCCCCCUCUGCUCCGAUCCCCCCGUAUUACAAAACGGGUGUGACCAGGAUAACGGCGGAUGUGAGCAUUUCUGCAGGCCAAUGGCUGGUGUUAAUUUCGACUGUGAGUGUGCCGAUGGGUAUCAGCUAGGAGACGAUGGGGUGAGCUGUGAGCUGUCUGAUGUUUGUCAAGGGGCCCCCUGUGAGUUUGAGUGUCUGCCCCUUUCAGAUGGGUACCGUUGUGCCUGCCCUGAAGGAUACAUGCUUGCACCAGAUGAACGAGGUUGUCUGGAUGUAGACGAAUGCCUCCAGAGUCCUUGUGAGCAGCUUUGUGUGAAUGCUCCCGGUACAUUUGAAUGUCGAUGUCGGGAGGGUUACCAUCUGGAUGAUGAAGGUGGGUGUGAGGAUAUAGAUGAGUGUAUAAAUGAGCCAUGUGAACAUGCCUGUGAGAACACUGUAGGCUCUCAUAUCUGUCACUGCGAUCUGGGUUAUUCCCCUGUGCCUGAGGACCCGAGCCGAUGCCAAGACACUGAUGAGUGUCAGAUACCCGGGACUUGCGAGCAGAUGUGUGUGAAUUAUGAGCGUGGAUUUGAGUGCUACUGUGAGGAAGGCUAUGAACUCAUGUCUGAUCACUUCUCAUGUCGCAAGAGAAGGGAAGGAGAUGACCAAUCUGCUGUAACACCUUCUUUUCCUUGGGUCACACACCGACCUGGACCUGUAUGGGACACAAUGGACUAUGACUGGAACCUGCAGCAGAGCCACACUGACUGGCCUCCAGAGGAGGAGCCAUCUCUGGACUGGCUAACUGACCCACCCAGAGUCUCAGAUUCUGAUGUCAUUUGGGUCACUAGUACCCCUCAGGAAGAACUGCCCUUUGAUUUAACACUAGGCCCUCUGACACAGGAGGCUGAGGAAGAUGAGGAUGACAUAGACAAUGGAGGAGCUGACUGGUUGGAAUGGGACCAAAGAUCUCAGUCUGAGUUGGAAGUUCUGCCAACAACCAUCUACACCACUCCUCCACCGACCACAAGCUCCAAUACUAGCCCAGAGUGGUAUGAAGAUGAGGAGGAGGAGACCACCACAGCUUUCCCCCUCCUUUCCACCUCCACAAUCUCUGAGGGAGCUUGGAAUUGGUGGGCGGGGCUCACCAGCAAGGAACCAGGAAAUCCAGAGGAUUCAGUCACAGACUACAACAUGCCUACGGAUUCCAAGUACUACAAUGAGGGAGAAGAACAGUACUCACAGUUCCCAGAAGAGGUUGGGGAGGAGGGAAAGGAAUAUGUGGGGAUCACACACUACCAGGACUCAGCUUUUCCCACCCAGCUUACUCCUUCCCAGCCACCCCCAAGGGAGGGUGGAGAGAGUGAUGACAUCCUGGAUUCUGUCCAGGAAGAUAGGGGGCAGAAGCAGAGCAGCACCUGGCUCCUGGUGGGCCUCCUUGUGCCCAUUUGCAUCUUUAUUGUGGUUAUGGUGGCGCUGGGCAUCGUCUACUGCACCCGCUGUGCAGUUCAGCCACGCAACAAGAAUGCCACGGACUGCUACCACUGGAUCUCUGGGGCUCAUGAUAAACAGGGAGCUCCUAACCCCUCAGCUGGGGUCAAGACCCAUGUUUAAACAGAGAAGAGAGAAAGUGACAUUUAAAUAAACAGACUCUGCUUCAUAGGUAAGCAGGAGUGAAUAAUGGACCUGGUAAGGGACAAGCUAAAUGUUGUACCCUCUCUGACUGCAGAACAGCCCACUCUUUGAACACAUUUGGAUAUUACUGUUAAAUAUCAUUUGAUAGAGGUGGGUAAGGGACACUGAAAACCACUGACCUUUUUUGGGAUAGGGUUGCUAUGUGGUACAAACUGCUUUGAUGUUUCAUACACUGACCACACAGCACAAGAUCUGAUUGCUUCAUGAUUGCACAAGGCUACGUAAUUAUAAAAUAUUACCAUCUUCAAUUGUAAUUUUUUUAAAAAUGAUAAUUUCUAAGACUAAUGUGUGUAGUCAUUUAUUAAUUACAGCAUUUCAUAGCUGGAUCCAGAUCCUGCAAAGAGCCUUGGAAAUAAAUGUACUGAUGGCAAAAGCAUUCUGCCAUAUUGAGGUAGCAAAACUUUAAUAUGAGGUUUCUUCCAUGCAAGGCUCAGUUAAUUCUAAUAGCAUAUCACUGUAGAUAUUGGUUACUGUCAGCUGUGUCAAAGGGAUUUAGAUGCAUUCUUUGCUCACAUUAGCAGUGGGUGAAAGGAGACUGUAAGCAAAUAUCCCUUCAUGAGAAAAGGCAUCCUGCGGUCACAUGAUAAUGCUGGGAAAGCAGUCGUGAAAAUCACUGUGUUGGAGUUGAAUGGUUAAUAAGAGACCAAAACCAUCUUUGUAUAUACUGGUUCUUUUAUAUUUAUGUUUGUUUCAUACCUGUCACCAGCCAUUUAAACAUUUUUUAACAACUGUAAUAAUUAGAUGACAUGUGUUUUUUAUGGACCCUAUAAACCUGGUGAUAUGCUGAGGAAUGUCUGUGCACAGGGGAAUGCUGUACCCCAUCAUGUCCCGUUUAAGAGCACUUCUCCUUUUCCUUUACUUUUUUUGAAAAGAGGUUAAAGUGCAGAUGUUCACUCUACACAGGGAAUGUUGUAGGGGCUGGUGGUUGACAUUAGCCUUGACCUUGUUGGUGAAAUGGCCAUCAGUCAAUCUUUGUAACCCUAAUUCAUCAGAAGGUUUUGUCUUAAACCAGCCCGGAAAUGUUGGAUCACAUCCAGCUGUGAGACUGUAGUCAGUGCAACACCUUGCAGUGGCUGUAAUGUUGGAGGAAAAAAAGUGCUAGUCAAAAUUUUCACAUGAAAUAUGUUUUUAUUUUGUGAUAGACUGUGAAAUAUAAGAAACAUCUGAUGUCUUUUCUUCUGUUACAUGUUAAGAAAUUAUGAAAUAAAAACUAUGACAUUGAGAGCAAAAA